AUGAAGGUCUCGACGGUAUCCUCCGACAAGCACGGCUCCGUUCGGAAGUCGAAAAGCAGCUCAUCGACGCCAUCGUCGACCGCACCCAGUGAGACUUCAAUCUCUGCGCCGCGCCCCGCCUACGUAGCAGCGCCGAAGGCGGCAAACCGCCCCUCAUCCUCUUCUUCAAGUCCGAUAGUUCAACGAAACUUCAACACGGCUCUUUCAGCCGCGGGCUCUGAUGAGUUGGUCAAAGUGGUUGUCAGGGAUUUCCCCGGCUGGUCUCACGAUCAACUCCUAUCGAUCAGAGGAGUUCCACUCGCAGCAAGAUGCUCAUCAUGUGCUUGUGUGGCAGGAAUGCUGAUGCGAGCGCCGUGCGGCUGCUCGUACUGCGAGGUCUGCAUGAGACGAGUUGAGCCAACCUCAGUGAUGAAGUGCCGACCUCACGGUGCCAAGACGACUCGCUCAGAGUUCGUCGAAGAUCCUUACGUCUACACAUUCUGCAUGGACCUCGGAGCGAUGUGCCUUUGGAACACCGACGGAUGCAAUUUCGAGGGACCGCUGAGCACAAUCCAGGACCAUAGCUCGCGCUGCGUGUUCCGGGCGGAGAAUUGUACUGAUUGUGAAAAACGAGUCUCGUACAGAGCGAUGGCCUCGCAUCGGAAUACAACGUGCGAACAACGGAAGGUCGCCUGCGAGGUUUGCGGGGCUCUGGUCCUGGCUUCAGCUCUAGAGCGCCACAUCAGCGUUUGUCCGGAAGUCGAGAUAAAUUGUAUGAUUUGUGGCCGAAGAGACAUCAAACGAGGUCAAAGUGAAGCUCAUCGGGUGGAGUGUACCUCUUUGGAAAGACCAUGCAAAAUGAGCGUCGUCGGAUGCACUAUAAAAGCUACCAAUGCAGAGCUCCGCGAGCACGAGACAAUGGAUACGCACAUUGAUCUCUUCUCGAAAUUCGCGCAGAAUCAGGCGGAGCGCAUCCGUGUUCUCGAGGAGGCUCUUCAGAAGAGUUCUCAUGCCAACGAGCAUAGUGAUCUGGCAAAGACAGUCGAAGUGCUCCGUUCCCAGGUUUUACAGCUUUCUAAUCGGCUCAUGCUGAUUAGUACAGCUCUUGUUGAGGACCCCUUUUACUGGAAUCUUUGCCCGUACAAGGCAAUUCUAGAGGUGGACAGCGAUGGCGCUCAGGUACUUUACAGUGAUAGCUUCUACACGCCAUCCAUUCCUGGCUACAAGGUGAUCCGAUAUACUCAUGAAACUAUUUUUGGUCAUCUCUGUGUACUUUGCAAUUCCCUCUAAUCCGUCUCGCUCGGUCGGCAGAUGAGGCUUCGCCUACUCGUAGAUCACAGAGCGAAACUCCUACACAUGACGCCACAGCUGCUACCUGGUCAAUUCAACAACAUCAUUCCCUGGCCAUUCCCUGCGCAGUAUUUACUCAGACUCGUCGACCAGAGUGGGCAAGGACAGCACAAAGACCUGGCUGUCACUCUCGGAGCGACAGCGAACCUGGAGAAACCCACUGAAUGUGGUCGCGUCUUACGGUCGCCGAACCUUCAGAUCAAAUUUGAGACGCUGGAUUCGACACGGUCCGGAGUUCCUCAAUUCAGCAAGAACGAUUGCAUCGUCUUCAUGUUCAAAAUCAACAUCCCUGCGGAUUUCGUUGAGCGGAUAUGA